GGGAGCAGAGUCCGGCUGACGGGGAGGAAAAGGAGGACUCGGCUUUGCCGCCUCCGCAGGAGCCUCCUACGGGGCCGUAGUCCCCCAGAAGAAGGAGCACGCGGGGCCAGAUGGGAGGGGCAGGAGGGGCACGCCCGGGGUCACAGCUACGAGAUCCGAGGCAGGACCAGCACGCAGGGCUUUCCGCCCCCUGCGGCCCCCAGCCCGGGCUCGGCGCCUUCGGGGCGGCCGGGGCGUGGCUGCGUGGCCCUCCCUGCGCUACAAGGGCGACACGUCCUUUCCCCCUUCCGGACGCAGUUUCUGCCCUUGUAAAACGGAGGGCGGGUCACUGAGCCCCUCCCCGUUCUAGGUUCAGGACCCUGGCCGUGCCCCCGCCCCCGCCCCCACCGCGCUCAGAGCGGGGCGCCCCGCCCCCGAGGCGUUCCAAGGGGAGGGGCUGCGCCCGCUCGGGAUGGAGGAUGGCCCCGCCCCUCAGAGCGCGGCGCGGCCUGUAGCGCUAGGGGGCGUGUUCUCGCGGAGGCGCGCGCUCCCGGACUCGAUCCCGCUCUCGCGGUGCUUGGCUCGGGAGCUCCCUGGUAGCCGCGUCUGUCGAGGAGCUCGCUCUGUCCGGGCUGGAGUCGUCGCUGCUCGGCCGAUUGGCAGAUCAGAUCUGUAAACAGGAAGUUUACUCUAAAGCUGGGCUCCUAUGGAAGAAUCAUCCCAGGAAAAAUUCACAAGUGAUGGUCCUUGUGACUCUAAAUUGAGUGAAACCUGGGAAUAUGAAACCAGGUUAGAGGAGGAACAGAGUGAUGAAGAGAAAACCCAGCAUAUAAAAAUCAUCCAAAGGAAAUCCCCUAGUAAAUUGAGAAGCCAUGAAUAUAAUAAAUACGGCCGACUCUUUGGUGUAGGACCAAUUCUUUUCCCACAGCAGAGAGUACCCAUAGGAAAGAAUCUCCCCAAAUAUGAUACACACAGAAAGAGCUUGAGACUCUAUUCAGAUGUAAGGAAAUACAAUAAAAUUUCCUCCAAGAAGAUAUUUUCCAAGUAUAAUGAAAGUGGAAAAUCCUUCAGUUUUCAUUCAGAUCUUAUUGAAUAUCAUAGGCUACAUACUGGAAAAAAGCCCUAUGAAUGUGGGAAAACCACAUUAUGGAGAACACAGCUUAUUCAACAGCAGAGAAGUCAUACUGUAGAGAAACCUUAUGCAUGUAUUGAAUGUGGGAAAGCCUUCUGCAAGAGGACACAACUUACUCAACAUUUCAGAAUACAUACUGGAGAAAAACCUUAUGAAUGUACUGAAUGUGGGAAGACGUUCCGACAGAGUGCACACCUUACUCGCCAUCAAAGAAUCCAUACUGGAGAGAAACCCUAUGCAUGUAAUCUUUGUGGGAAGGCCUUCAACCACAGCUCUUCCCUUGCUUCCCACCAGAGAAUUCAUACCGGAGAGAAACCUUAUGGAUGUGAUCUGUGUGGAAAAGCUUUCAACCAUAGUUCUUCUCUUGCUUCUCAUCAGAGAAUUCACACAGGAGAGAAGCCUUACGAGUGUAAUGAAUGUGGGAAAGCUUUCCGUCAGAGCACAGAACUUACUAGACAUCAAAAAAUUCAUACUGGAGAAAAACAUGAAUGCACUGAAUGUGGGAAGGCUUUCCACCAGAGUUCACACCUUACUCGACAUUUGAGAAUUCAUACUGGAGAAAAGCCUUAUAAAUGUAAUGAAUGUGGGAAGACUUUUAAUUAUAGUUCAUCCCUUGCGUCUCAUCAUAGAACUCAUACUGGAGAAAAACCUUAUGGGUGUAUUGAAUGUGGGAAAGCCUUUGGGAAAAGGACACAGCUUAUUCAACAUUGGAGAAUUCAUACUGGAGAGAAACCUUAUGACUGUAAUGAAUGUGGAAAGGCCUUCCGUCAGAGCUCACAGCUUACUCGACAUCAGAAAAUUCAUACUGGAGAAAAACCUUUUGAAUGUGAUGAAUGUGGGAGAGCCUUCCGCCAGAGAUCACAGCUCACUUACCAUCAGAGAAUUCAUACUGGAGAAAAACCUUAUGAAUGUAAUGAAUGUGGUAAGGCCUUCUGUCAGAGCACUGAACUUACUCAACAUCAUAGAAUUCAUACAAGUGAGAAGCCUUUUGAAUGUCAUGAAUGUGGUAUGGCCUUCCGCCUGAGUACUGGACUUAGUCGCCAUCAGAAAAUCCAUACUGGAGAGAAACCUUAUGAAUGCGAUGAAUGUGGGAAGGCCUUCUGCCAGAGAGCAGAACUCACCGUACAUCAUAGAAUUCAUACAGGAGAGAAACCCUAUGUGUGUAAUGAAUGUGGGAUGGCCUUUCGGCAGAGCUCACAACUGACUCCACAUCUUAGAAUUCAUACUGGAGAGAAACCUUAUAAAUGUAAUGAAUGUGGAAAGGCUUUCAAUCGCAAUUCAUCCCUUGUUUCCCAUCACAGAAUUCAUACUGGAGAGAAACCUUAUGAAUGUAAUAAAUGUGGCAAGGCCUUCCGCCGGAGUACAGGACUUACUCGACACCAGAGACUUCAUAUUGCAGAUAAAUCUUAUGAAUGUAAUGAUUAAAGGAAAGUUUUCCUUCAAAACAUAUCUUCACAUCAGUUCAUUAGUGAAGUGAAAAGUCUUAUAAAAUAUUUUGAUCUUGUAAAGAAAAAUGUAAUACUACAUUUUGACAUGUACUUUUGAUAAUGUAGUAGUAAUAUUGACUAUUGUGUUUGAUUAGAGUUUUGUUGCUUCAUAAUGCUGCUUUAUUGUAGUCAUUGUGUAUUUUGGGUUUUGGCUCUUUCAUUACUUCACCUUUCCCUGUGGUUCUCUGAAUUUUUUUAGUCUUUGUUACUUGCUGCAUAGUAAUUACAUUUCUAUACCAUAGUUUGUUCAGCUAUUUGUUUGUUGAGCACCUACUUUGUUCCUAGAUUUUUAUUUUGCAUCAUUAUGGUAAAAAUAUUCUUUGAACAUCUGAGUCUUUUUGUUGUUCUUAAUGCCCUAUUUGUAGUAUAAUGCCAGGAGUAGAAUCUCAGGGUCAGAAGGUACGACGAGCAGCUUAGUAACUUUUCUUUCAUAAUUCUAAUUUUCUAUUCCUGAUUGAUUAAAUCAUUUUACAGCUUGAUUAGGUGUGAAAUAAUCUGUCCACCUUUCCAACUAUAGGUUUUCCAUAGUUUAAGAUUCAGGUCAUUCAGAAGGGUGUUUUAAUUUAAAUUUUCUUGAUUAUUAGUGAUGUUUACAUCUUUCAGAUGAAUUUUAUUAAGCUGUCUUUUUAAAAAUUCCUGUCCUUUGACCAUUUGUCUGUUUCAGAGUAAUUCAAUCUUGGAUUUGCAUUCCUUUUUGGUUUUGGAGUAAUACUUUUAUCAGAGACAUUUAAAGAAAAUAUUUUUUCCCAUCAUGUAUCUUCUGAUUCAAGAUGCAUUGAAUUUAUUUGUGUAAAGGUGUUUGUGUUUUGUUUUGUCAUUUUAUUUGAUUGAAAACAUCUAUUUUGUGUUUUGUAAACUAACACAUAACUGGUUUCAAAUAUUUCCCAUUAUCCUUAGUUAUGAAAGAAUCUUCUGUUCUCUUUUUUGUUUUUGUUGUUGUUGUUAUUUGUUUGGUUAUUCUUUUUUUUAAUUGUGUGAUUUUAUAUUAGUUGAGCCAUUUGGAAUAUAAUAUGGCAUAUGCUGUAAAAUGGUUAUCUAAACCUACUUUUUUUAGACUUGCUAGUUUUUCCAGCAGUUCUUAUUAAAUAAAGAGUUCCUACUGCUGUAGUUUGUGUUCUUGAGUUUAUCAAGUACUAGACUGCUUCUGUGUAAUUAUUUUUUCUAGGCUUUGCUUGUCAGGUCUUUUCUGUUGAUAUACUUCUACAUUUUUUACGUAGUACCAGAUAAUUUUGAUAACUGUUAAUAGAUUCUGAGAUCUGGUAUCAAGUUACCCUUCUAAUAACCCCCCUCUCCCCAUUAUUUCCUUUAAUAUAUCACCUUUACACAAACUUGUUUUUGAAAGGUUUUUCUCUCCAUUAUGAACUGAUGUUGAUUAUGAGGGUUUACUUAGAGAACUCUAACGAAGCAAUAAAAAAGUUGAAACAGAUAGCUUCAGUAAAGUAGCAGGAUAUGAAAUAAAUGCACAAAAUAAUACUUUUCUGUAUAAUACUAAAGGAUAAGUUCCAUUUGAAAUAACAAAAUGCAUUAACUGUAAAAUAAAUGCACAAAAAGUACUUUUCUGUAUAAUACUAAAAAAAAAAAUCACAGGAGAAAAAUUCCAUUUAAAAUAACAAAAUGCAUUAACGAUGUGGAAAUAAACCAACCAAAUACACUUAAAGGACUUUCAUAAAUGAAACUUUUACAAAAACAAGUCUUAAAUAAUUGGAAAAUAUUAAUGGUUAGGCUAUGUCUAUAGGCAAAAUUAUAUUUAGUUGUAUAUCAACAUAAAUACCAAAGGAAUAUUUUAUAGAUUUAGACAAUGUAAAAUAAAUUUUAAGGCAUAAAACAUCAAGAACAUUUAGAGAAAAUUUUAAAAAGAUAUUUACAUUUAUGAGGUUACAUGAAACAUUAAGGAAAAUUUAAUGACAAUACACUAAAAUUGGACUGUGGCCAUUGAUUUUUUUCAUAUUGUUAUCCGUAAGUAACUGACUGCACUGUGGACUGAAAUGUGAAUUAUUCUGAACUUUGUGAUCUAUUUUCUAAAAUCUGGAUGCACAUUGAAUUAUGCAUGGACCUUUUUGGAACCUGUAUCACAUGGUCUCAUGGUAAUGAACAGUUAGAGGAUCCCUCUUUUAAAUUAAUAAUUUUGAUUUGUUUUGAACUGAUAAGCUACCUAUUCUAUAUUGUUGCACCAUAUUACAUUGUUUUACUCUUGUAAUUUUUAUCAUUGAUAUUUGAUUUGGGAUACAUUUUCAUUGUGUGGUAUGUUAUAGUAAUGUGAUGGAAAGUAUUCUUGAUUUGGGGAAAGAGAACCUGGGUUUGAAUUCCAGUUCUGGCCACUGACAACCUAUGAUGUUGGACAAGUUAUUACCUCUUCAAUCCUCAGGUUCCUCUGUAAAAUGAGGACACUGUACCAAGGUGUCCCUCCAUGGGCCCUUCUAGUUCUGAGUCUGUGAUUCUAGUUCUAAGUCUGUGGUCCAAUGAAGGAAAAGUGAGACUGGAAGCUUAGAAAGAACAGAAAAAAAUUAGAAGCUUUGGAGAUUUAAUAAAAGUUUGAUGGAUUGAAGGAAAUCACCAACCACUAAGUACUGGAUACUCUACUAUAGCUAUAAACCAAGUACACAGUUAGAGCUAAAAGUGAUGUAAAGAUAAGAGUAGUUUGUCUGCAUGAUGUUCAUAGGUAGUUUGAUAUGUCUUCAAUGCAUGUAGAUUGUAGCACAGCUGCCAUUUAUAGCACUUUGGAAAGCACGCUACAUACAUUAUUGAUAUCAUUUGAUUCUCAUAACCCUGAUUAAUAGAAUUAUCUCCAUCUUAUGGAUGUGAAAACUAAAGUUCAGAUAGGUUAAGUGACUCAUCUAGGAUCAUGUGAUCAUAGUGUCUGAGGCAGAAUUUGAACCUAGGUCUUCUUGCCUGCAAGUACAGCACUAUCCACUACACUGCUACCUCGUAACUCAUUGGGACAGGAAUUACAUCUUUUUAUUUACAGUAGUUUUGAUCUUUGGGAUUACACAUUGGUGCUAAAAACAUUGAUAUAAAUAAAUAGCUCACCAACAAAUGGAAACUGUUAGCAAAUUGCUUUACUAAAGAGUUUAUAAAAGACAUUUGAAGGUUAUUGCUAAUAAUUCUGAGUAUUGUAUCUGUUCCGGCUGGGUGGAUGAGAGCAGUAGGAAAGGUU